UUAAACGGGCCCGAACCCCUCUUGCCCUCUCUCCUAUAAAAGCUGUGCUUUUACCCCCGCACUCCAUCGCCUCGCCGCCGUUCCCCGCAACACCCUGUCGACCCAAUCUCACAUCCUCCUCUCGCCCGCCCGAGUCUUCUUCGCCGCCAAAAGGAAAUGAUGCUCUACAAAAUCCACUCCCAUGCCCAAAUCCAAGACCUGCAGGCCCGCUCCGAUGAGCUGGGCCACUCCAAUAAGUCCAUGCUUGUGAGUCUUGUCUCUCUGGAGUCGGUGCGCAUAGCGUGGGAGUCGUAUGCGCUCCUCCGCCCGCUGAUCAUGGAGUCGAGGUCCUGGGAAUGCCCGCAGCUGGAUUCCCUCUCGGACGUGGCAGGCUUGUCGCUGGAAAUCCAAAAGCUUGAGCAUGAUGUGUUACCCCAGCUCAAGCUUCAGGAGGGUAAGCUGGAACGGGGUGCCCUGGAAGCCCUCCUACUCAUUAAGAACUCAGCAAGUAAGCUCUUACAUUUGAGGAAGUGCUUUGAGGAAGCCUUGGGCGUAUUGCUUGCCAAGGAGGAUCUGGUCUCAGCCAAAGUCAAAAGGCUGAGCAUGAUGCUAAACGAUACUGCUGUUCAUGUACUCAAAGCUAACAACACUCGCUUGUUUAAGGAGUGUGUCCUGUUUCUGGUCCAGCUGGUCACCGAUGUGUUGGAGACCCCGGUUCGUUUCUGUGAUACUCGUAAGUGUAAGCAUUCUGAUGAGUAGACUUAUCAGCCAGCUCGAGGCUGUUGUGAUGAGUAUUUCUUAGGGGCGUGGCAAACAGUUUAGAAUCAACCCUUUAUGUUUGGAUGUGUUAUUAAUGGAUUUUAAAUGAUAUGUAUCUUGGGUAGUGUUCUCUCA